AUGCCCACCCGAGCGCAGGCCCAUCGGUUACUGCUGCUACCGCUGCCGCUGCUGUUGCUCACCCUGCCAGCCACAGGCUCAGACUCUGUACUCUGCUUCACCCAGUAUGAAGAAUCCACGGGCAAGUGCAAGGGCCUCCUUGGGGGAGGUGUCAGCACGGAAGACUGCUGUCUCAAUGCUGACUACGCCUUUCAGGAGCCCGGCAGCAAGCUCUGUAUGGCGUGCAGGCUCCCACAGUGGUCACCGUGGUCCGAGUGGGCCCCCUGCUCAGUGACCUGCACGGAGGGCUCCCAGCUGCGGCACCGGCGCUGCAUAGGCUGGGGCGGGCAAUGCCCCGAGAAGGUGGAGCCUGGGACCCUCCAGUGGCAGCUGCAGGCGUGUGAGGACAAGCCAUGCUGUCCUGAGAUGGGCGGUUGGUCCAACUGGGGGCCCUGGGCAUCUUGCUCUGUCACCUGCUCUAAAGGGACCCGGAUUCGUCGUCGAGCAUGUGAUCGCCCCACCCCCAAGUGUGGGGGCCACUGCCCAGGAGAGGCACAGGAGUCAGAGGCCUGUGACACCAAACAGGUCUGCCCCACACACGGGGCCUGGGCUGCUUGGGGCCCCUGGGGCCCCUGCUCAGGCACCUGCCACAAUGGACCCAAGGCAGCUGAGGAGAGACGAAGCCGCACAUGCUCUGCACCUGAGCCCUCCACGCAGCCUCCCGGGAAUCCCUGCCCAGGGUCAUCCUCUGAGCAGCGGGCCUGCACCGGCCUGCCACCCUGCCCAGUGGCUGGUGGCUGGGGGCCAUGGGGUGCUGUGAGCCCCUGCCCUGUGACCUGCGGCCUGGGUCAGACCCGGGAACAACGGACAUGUGAUCGCCCUGUGCCCCAGCACGGGGGCCCCUUCUGUGUCGGAGAUGCCACCCGGACCCACAUCUGCAACACGGCCAUGCACUGCCCUGUGAACGGAGAGUGGGACCUCUGGGGGGAGUGGAGCACCUGCAUCCGCCGGAGCAUAAAACACAUCAGCUGCCAGGAGAUCCCAGGCCAGCAGACCCGCUCCAGGCUCUGCAAGGGCCGCAAGUUUGACGGACAGCGAUGUAGGGGGGAACAACAGGACAUCCGGCACUGCUACAACAUCCAGCGCUGCCUCUGGAAAGGCUCCUGGUCGGAGUGGAGUACCUGGGGGCUGUGCAUGCCUCCGUGUGGACCCAACCCCAACCGCACCCGCCAGCGCCUCUGCAAGGCCAUGCUCCCCAAAUUCUCGCCCACCGUUACCAUGGUCGAAGGUCAGGGUGAGAAGAAUGUGACCUUCUGGGGGAAACCGUCGGCAUUGUGCGAUGUGCUGCAAGGGCAGAAGGUGGUGGUGGAGGAGAAACGGCCAUGUCUACACGUGCCUCCCUGCAAGAACCCUGAGGAUGAGAAGCUCUAA